AUGUCUACACCUUUUAGCGACAAACUUUCUCCAGAUACUACUUGCGUGGUUUGUAAUGAUGUGGCAACUGGAAAUCAUUAUUCUGUUCCCUCCUGUAAUGGAUGCAAAACAUUUUUUCGUCGUGCUAUUGUGAAUAACCGCAACUUUGCAUGUAUGGGCAAUGGAAAAUGCAUUGUAGAUAAAGGGGUUAGAUGUGCUUGUAGAGCUUGCCGGUUAGAAAAAUGUAUAAAAAUGGGAAUGGAUACAAAUUCAAUUCAAUCAGAAAGGGACAGGAUAGGAUACACAAAAAGAAAGCGACGAGAUAAAACUGAACAAACAAAUAAAGAUGAAGAACAUGAAAAAUUGGAAAAUCAUGCAGAAAAUGAAUUUGACGUUUCUGAUGAAGAAGAUAUUUCUUUUCAUGGUUCAAUCGAUUUACAUAAUGGAAAUAAUUUGUCAACUAUUCGAGUAAAUAAUAAAACAUCCAACUCUUUCGAUGGAAUUUUGGAACGUUUAACUCAACUAGAAAAUAAUUUUACUUUACUCUUGAGCCGUGGAGAAAUCCAUCCGUAUGGCACUUUGGAAGAAGCAUUGAAAGCACCAAGUAUAUUUUCAAGGCCAAUAAAUGUUAAGCUCUCUGAUCCAAUUGUAACUCCAAACAAAGACAAACAAAAGAUGCCAUUUUGGCGUUCACGAAUAAUAGCUUUAUAUAUUGAUUGGGCAAAAACUUUUGCAACAUUUCGAAAAUUGCCCUAUUCUGACAAAGUUGCCCUAAUUACAAACCACGCCAGUAGUUAUAUGAUAAUGUGUGAAGCAUUCCGAACUCCAGAAUUAAUUCCAGAUGAAAAAAUUAUUGAUGGAAUUGAACGUAUUGCGGAGAAAUUGCCGAGGUAUUUUUGUAGAUUUUUUUACUUUUUUUGGAUUUUUAAGAGAAUUAUUAAUAUUUCCUCCUCAAAAUUUUGA